AUGAUAGACUUCGGAACGACACUACUUGAAAUGGAACUACCUCGAACUUCCUACUGGCCCCAAUCAUCAAAUUCUAUUGUCCACUUUCAACCAAGAUCACAUACACCAAAGAUGUCGCCAAGCCCUCCUGGGAGCCCAAGUAGUGUGGAGUCUAGUGGUAUUAGACGAUAUCGUAGGACUACGGCUUGUACAACAUGCCGCGAUAGAAGAGUAAAAUGUAGCCGCGACAGGCCAUCCUGCACCCAAUGUAAGAAGGGGGGACGACUUUGUAAAUACUUGAACAGCGAAAUACCCGAGUUUGAGUUCAUUGAGGUGAAUCUAUCCAGGAGUCCGGCUAGGAAGUCGCCAUCGCCAGUUAUGUCAAAUCCAAUCAGCGAAAGGAAAUCCGGUAUCAAGUUAAAAACAAGUAGCCGGUCGGUGGUUAAACAGUCUCAAAUAAUAUCGUCUCGUUUCCCUCCAAAGAUCCUGGCAAAUGAUAUAGAUACUCCAUUCCAUCAGCCCAUCAAAAAUUUAGCGAUUACCCUUGGUGCACUCGGCGAAGAUUUCAUCUCCUAUUUUCGGACGAAAGUUCCAGCGCGAGAAGUUUGUGAUCAUUUCUUGAACAACUUCAUAGGACUACAAUCUGCAGUGCCCAUAUGCAAUAUUGAUACUCUUAUAGAUGAGUACACCAGCUUCUGGGCCAAUUUGUCUCCUGAAACCUCGCUUGAAACUACCCUACUCAUCUUAGCCGUUCUAUAUUGUGGGGCUGCUAAUUCUACCAUAAACAUUUCACAAGCAACAACAUUACACGAUCUAUACGAACAGCUAUUAGAUAUAGUUAAUCUUCCAACAUAUCAUUGCACACACCGAGGAUCAUCUGCGAUCCAGCUUCUGCAGGCUUACCUUCUUGUAAACACAUUUCAAGCUAGCACAUCAUCCUCACAGUUCCGGUAUGGAUUUUUACUCCACGCAAUUAGACUCGCUCAAUCAUUACAACUCCACUUCGACAAACCAUAUCAAAGUAAUGGUUUCCAAGCUGAGGUUGAAAAGAGAAUCUGGUGGCAUUUGCUGUUUUUGGAUCUCCAAUCGACUAUCACGACCGGCGCACCUUUGCUGAUAACUAGAAACGGAUACGAAAACGAUGUUUCGUUACCCAUGGUGCUGAAUCCUGCCUCUAGCCAAGAUUCAGCUUCACCGAUGAUGAUCGCCUUUUACGGCCAGUGCCAGUGGGCGCGUUGUAUGCGCGACUGGAUCAUGAAGAUGCCAACACAGGGAGAUGCGGUUCGUCUCGUUGAAAGCAUCGAAAAUCUUCUAAAUUUAUUACCGGGAGUAAAAGCAGAGAACUUGGGACCGCGGGCGUACCUGAAGUUAUUGAUUGAUAAUGUAUAUUGCCUUCUCGGCUUGAACUUCUGUCAAGCAAAACAAUUGCAAGAUAUUGGGUGGCGAAAUGAUAUUGUCCGGGCUGCAAGUUCGUUCCUGCAAAACUACCUUUUUCUAUCCGACACAACCUCCAUAACACCAUUGAAGUGUAUUCUUUCUGGUCUCAUACAGCCUCACCACGCUGUCUUUAUCCUCCUCAUGCACCUUAGUCUGUGCACUUCCUUGGAUUCCAAUGCCCAAUCGCUAAAAAUUCUCGUGGACAAAGUCUUUGAUGCCGAAAUAUCUAGCCCCAGACUUGGUGUCAGUCGUGCCGCUUCCAGAUCGCCCGAAUUCACUCACUCUAGCCCCACUUCUCGGAUCUUGCGCAAGUCAUAUGGUUACUGUCGUCAAGAAAUCCUCAUCCUACUUUAUAGAAAAGUCCAAGCCAAACUAGGCCGGAAUACACCAAAAUUCACAGUCAUGUCUCGCCCUACUUCUCCCAAUAUCGGGGUUUUACCACAACUUAAAGGCUUGGUCUCGCGAGACGCGAAGAGCAAUAUUGUCUCCAGUGAGAAUUCCGCAAGUGGACAUUCAGGAACUAAAUGGAUGGAAUUGGCUAUGGAGAUGAACACGGAGGAUUGUAUGAUGGAUAGAGAGUUGGAUGAUGUCCUUAGAGGCGGACGAGAUGUAUGGAAUAAAUGGGAAAGACUGAUAGGUGCGGUUUCCAAGUGCUGA